AUGCAAGCUCGCAUACAGGCGAAUCAGAGCUGCUUUGAGAGGAGGACAUUUACAUCCCUUCCUCCUGAAAAUCAUGCAAUGGAGUUGAUAAGGCCAGUCAUUGAGGAGGUUCAGCUUCACGGGGUGUUCCUUACGACGGGAGAUGUCCUGAAACAACUCAUCGAACAGUACCGUGCCGGCGUGGACGAGUGUUCCAAUGAUCCAAGUCGAUGGGCUACGCUUUGUUCGUUCCUGGCUAUGUCUGCACAUCACAGGACAGCCAGUGGGUCCGUCGUUGGAAUGUCCUCAAUAGCAUGGGCAUUCUUCAAGAACGCGUUUGCGAUGUACGUCGAGCUCGCAAUUGUUCAAAGGCCUCAGAUCUCCACCUGCGAGACGUUGCUCGCAAUGGCUAUGUUCAUGCUGCGCACUGCUGAUGCCUGCGUCGCUGCACGGCUGACAGCUACUGUCGUCCAGUCGGUGUACAUGCUUAGUCUGCACAAGUAUGACCAUUAUAUCGAUCUGGAGCCCAAUCUAGCAGAAAGACAAAAAACGAUCUUCUGGGUAACAUAUGUUGUUAAUGCUGAUCUAGCACACAGGUAUGGUACACCCUCAUCGCUAGACGUAGAUGAUUUCGACAUUGCAUUUCCUGGACACGUAUAUCAUCAUGAUUCAGACCAUGUGGAUCACAUAGAAGAUCUCAUACAGACUGAGCAGACCAUUUAUCUCCGACGACGAGUUGUCCUUGCUGUGACGCAGUUGCGGAUUCACAAACUACUUCAACAAGCGCUCUCCAGGAAUGCCCAGCGGAAGCUUUCUGAUAUUGAAGAUGCCAUUACAGCAAUUGACAAAGAACUUCAAGCAUGGAAAAACUCUUUACCGAUCAGUAUCCAGCCAGGCUUUCGAUCACACGAAUCGCCGCUCCUCGAAAUGCCUAUCGCUAUGCUACAUUACAUCUAUUUUAACUGUAUAAGCAAAGUCAGCAUGGUAGUAGUACUGUUAGCCCGUCCGGUGGUAUCUAAUCCCUUUUCCGACGAACAACCAGCUGCUGAAUUGAAUACAUGUCCUUCCAGUAGUCAGCUAGCUAGAGCCGCCUGUGUGAUAGCAGCCCGGGAGAUACUUCGCGUACAGCUCCGCUUGCAAUGGCAGCCAUUGACACAUCUCUGGUAUGUGCAAACACUAUGCUUCCCACUCUCCGCAGUUCUGAGCUUAUUAUCAGAAGUACUUGCACAUCCAGCGUCAGUUCAAGCGCGGUAUGAUGCUCAGCUCAUUCACGACUUCGUCCAAUAUCUUGAGCGGCUCCACAAUGAAGGAAGUGAUGUGCGUGAUCUACUUGAUGGCUGUAAGAUUUUCUAUAGUAUUGCAACGAGAGCCGGCGAACAGACAAAUACCUUCGAACAAACAGCAGAACUGACUAGCUUCAAGAUUCAAUUACUACGAUCGAGAUUUGCGCAAGUCACAGACUGGUUGCAGCUCGCGCAGGGACUGCUAAGCAACAUGCCCGCACCCCACAAUCAGGCACGCGAAAUCUUUUCGGAUAUUCUUGGACCCGCUACAUCGGAUGAGACGUACGGAGCUUUUGUCCCAGCGUUUAUGAAGUCGUCCACACACAACUUCUCAUUCGGCGUUUGA